GGACAGGCGGGCCGUGCCCACCCCUUCCGCCCGGGGCCCGGAAGGGUGAUGUGGCUGGGCCAGCGCUGGCCUCACUAUGUCUGCCAUCUUCAACUUUCAGAGCCUAUUGACUGUAAUCUUGCUGCUUAUAUGUACCUGUGCUUACAUCCGCUCCCUGACCCCCAGCAUCCUGGACAAAAAUAAAACCGGACUAUUGGGAAUAUUUUGGAAGUGUGCCAGAAUUGGUGAGCGGAAGAGCCCGUACGUCGCAGUGUGCUGCGUGGUGAUGGCCUUCAGUAUUCUCUUCCUGCAGUAGCUCGGGACAUGUCCCAUCCGAUUGCCGGGACGUCAGCGUGAACAAGGACUUGCUUGCAGAGAAUUAUGCAGAGUGUGCUUAACCCUCUCAUCUCUGAGCACUGCAUGAGAUAAAUUUCCAGAUGCUGUUCUCUAUUUUAUGUUACUGGACCAAUGUUCUACAUAAAUAAUUAAGAUGUAAGCGUUUAAUAUCACAAGCAUUCAGUAGUCUUUAGCAGCUAACCUCAGUACUGUCACCACAAUAUAAUACUCUGCAAGUGUUACUGUGUCAUGUCAGAUACCAACUUUUAGUAAGGUGUCUUUAAACAACAAAAUCAGUAAAUUAUUCAAGUUCC